AUGUUAAUUUCUCAAAACAUCAUCAACGAAGGUAUUAUUAUUAUUAAUAAUGGUAAUGAUAUGAUCAGAGUACCAAUUACUCCUAUAUCUACAUAUAAUGAUGAAUUUACAUCUACAAAAUUUACAUCAAGAACUAGAAAUAAUACAACUCCAUCACCUUGUACCACAAAUGGACCAGAAGUAACGCCUACAAUAUUCAGAGCACCAACAUCAUUGAAUAGUAGUGGUAAUUAUGCAAAUUAUCCUCUCGUUUUACCACCGUUAUCAGUGGUUCGAUGUAAUAUCACCUAUACACAUUUAGAAGAUAUUAUGAUUUAA